AUGCUGGUGGUCCUGCUCACAGUGGCCUUGCUGGCCCUGAGUCCAGCUCAGAGCUCCAGUGAAGAGGCCAUCUAUGAAGAUUCUCCUUCCUCCCUGCCAUCAGAGGUCGAGGACCUAAGCCAGAGCUCCAAACAAGUCCCUCACAGACCACCUCCUGGAGGACGCCCACCCAGACCCCCUGCUGAUGGUGGAGACGAGAAUGACAAUGAAGUUGAAGGUGGUGAUUCAGAGCAGGGACCACCCCAAGAAGACAAUCAGCAGCCUCCUAAACCUCCUCGUCCUGGACAGCAGCAAGAACCACCCCAACAAGGAGCCCAACAGCAGCAUCCUCGCCCUCCUUGUCCUGAUAACCCACAGGGACCUCCACAAGAAGAAGCCCACCAGCGUCGUCGUCGCUCUCCUCAUCCUGGUAACCAGCAGAGAACACUCCAACAAGAAGAGCAGCAGCAGCAGCAGCAGCAGCAGCAACCAUUUCGCCCUCUUCGUCCUGGUAACCAGCAGAGACCACCCCAACAAGAAGAGCAGCAGCAGCAGCAGCAGCAGCAGCAGCAGCAGCAACCAUUUCGCCCCCUUCGACCUAGUAACCAGCAGAGACCACUCCAACAAGGAGGCCCCCAGCAGCAGCAGCAGCAGCAGCAGCAGCAGCAGCAACAGCCAAAUGGUCUUCCUCGUCCUGGAAACUAA